AUUGUGCAGGAAUGGCCCUUGAAGAGUAACCUCGAUCCGAGUAUCUACGGCCCGCCAGAGUCUGCAAUCACUACAGAAAUAAUUGAGAAAGAAAUAGGUGGUCUUAUGUCUGUAGAUGAGGCUAUAAAACAAAAGAAGUUGUUCAUAUUGGAUUACAAUGACCUGCUAUUACCAUAUGUGGAGAAAGUAAGACAACUUAGCGGCACAACACUGUACGGAUCACGGGCACUGUUUUUCCUAACCCCACAAGGUACGCUGAGGCCUCUGGCCAUUGAGCUGACUCGGCCGCCGAUCGACGAAAAGCCGCAGUGGAAGCAAGUCUUUACACCUUGCUGGGAUGCCACUGGUGUCUGGCUUUGGAGGAUUGCCAAAGCUCAUGUUCUUGCCCAUGAUUCUGGCAUUCAUCAGCUCGUUAGUCACUGGCUAAGGACACAUUGUUGCACGGAACCUUAUAUAAUAGCAACAAACAGGCAGCUGAGUUCAAUGCACCCAAUAGCUAGAUUGUUGAACCCACACUUUAGAUACACAAUGCAGAUCAAUGGUCUUGCACGCCAACUCCUAAUCAACGCAGGUGGCAUCAUUGAAAGCACAUUCUCUCCUGAUAAAUACUCCAUUCAGCUCAGCUCCGAUGCCUACGACAAGUUGUGGCGAUUCGACAAUGAGGGGUUGCCAGCUGACCUCAUCAGCAGAGGACUGGCUGUUGAGGACCCAAGUGCACCGCAUGGGCUAAAGCUAACAAUUGAAGACUACCCUUUUGCCAACGAUGGUCUCCUUAUCUGGGACGCCACCAAACAAUGGGUGACUAACUAUGUCAACCACUAUUACUCAAGCGCAAGCCAAGUGGAGUCCGACGAAGAGCUCCAAGCAUGGUGGACAGAAAUCCGAACCGUCGGUCACGCGGACAAAAAGGACGAGCCAUGGUGGCCCGUUUUGAAGACACCUCAAGACCUGAUAGAAAUCGUCACAACAAUGAUUUGGGUAACAUCAGGCCACCAUGCAGCCGUCAACUUCGGACAGUAUGACUACGCAGGGUACUUCCCCAACAGGGCCACUAUUGCGCGAACCAACGUCCCGACGGAAGACCCGAAACCGGAGGAGUGGAAGUACUUCUUGGAGAAGCCUGAAGGCACGCUUUUGCAGUGCCUGCCGACGAAAAUUCAGGCAACGAAAGUGAUGACCAUUUUGGAUGUGCUGUCUAGCCAUUCACCGGAUGAGGAGUACAUCGGGGAGAUGUCGGAGCCGUCGUGGAGCGAAGAUCCGUAUAUAAAGGCGGCUUUCGAGCAGUUCAGCGGGAGGUUGAAGGAGAUUGAAGGGAUUAUCGACGAGAGGAAUGCUAAUGCUGAAUUGAAGAACAGAACUGGAGCUGGGGUUGCGCCAUAUGAGCUUUUGAAGCCGUUUUCGGGCUCCGGUGUCACCGGCAAGGGUGUUCCGAACAGCAUCUCCAUUUGAAACGAGUGAUUAAAGUGGAGAACUAAUAAUGGAGCUGGAGAAUAGUCGAUGAUCAUGUUUUUGUGUUUCAAAGAACCAGAGAUAAGUUUUUAACUAAUUACAAAGUACUAUCUCCUCACGUGGUCAAUAAUUUGCAACUUUUACAUUAGAAUAAUGUAAUAUCAUACAUGCGGCAAGAAAGAAUGCAAACUUUAUUAUGAAUGACUGUA